GUCCUGUCGUGUUUUGUUUUCCCCGUUUAGUGUUCAUGUCUUCAUCUCUUGUUUACUUCCUGUGUCCUGUUCCAUGUGUUUCUUUGUUUGUUUUGCCAUGUGUUUCUGUUCCCUGUGCCCGUGUCUCCGCCCCUCACCUGAUCCGCGUUAGUCUGUUAAUUAUGGUUUCCACCUGUCUUGUUUUACCUUGUUCCUUGUCCACCUGAGCCUUGUUAAAUCCCUGUGUAUAUAAACCCCUAGUUUCGUUAUGUUCCUUCUGUGUCAUUGUUGUAAGAUUCCUGCGCUGCACUCUAACUAAAGUCAGUAAAGCUACUCUUGGUGUGUUGUCCUGCUUUUGGGUCAAUUCAAGUAGCAGCCCGUAACAGUCCGUGACAGAAUGACACAGCCAAACAUAGACCCAGCGGGCAUUUAUCAGUUUUUGAAAUUUGAUUUCAAUUCUAAUGUUCCUUGGGAGCAGUUCUGGGUGGACGAUGAGGACGUCUGGUCCACCGAAAACGACGACGACUGGUCCACUGAGGAGUGGUCAACAGACCAUGAAGGUUUCCCUGAGCACCUCUCUGAUCCUGAUCCUGAUACCGCAGAGGCCAUUUCUACCUCUGGGUUUUCUGUCCCUGUUUCGGUGCCUUUCCAAGCCUUGUCUCCUCCAGUGGCCAGCCCUUUGUGUCCUUCAGUGCCAGCCCCAUAGUACGCUCCUCCAGUGACACUUCCAUGCUCUGUCCCGGCUCCUCGCCUCCCUCCAGUCCAGAGUUCAACUCACGCUCUGACUCCAGUCCCGAUUCCUGCUCCAGCCCCGGUUCCGGUUCCGGCUCCAGGCCCUAGUCAGACUCCUGCACCGGCUCCAGUACCGACUUUGGCUCCAGUCCCGGCUCCAGUUCCAGUUCUGGCUCCGACUCCAGCACCUGAUCCUGCUCCCGAUCCAGCUCCAGCUCUGACUCAGGCUUUCAACCCUGAUCCUGCUCCCGAUCCUGCUCCCGAUCCUGCUCCAGCUCUGACUCAGGCUUUUGACCCUGAUCCUGCUCCGACUCAGGCUCCGGAUCCUGAUCCAGCUCCGACACAGACUCGGGCUCUGACCGAUCGUCCAUCGGGCCACCCGCCUGAACCGCCGUCCCUGACCGGCCGCCUGCCUGAACCGCCGUCCCUGACCGGCCGCCUGCCUGAACCGCCGUCCCUGACCGGCCGCCCGCCUGAACCGUCGUCCCUGACCGUCUAGAAUCCGGCCCUUUGAGGGGGGGGUAAUGUAAGGGUCCUGUCGUGUUUUGUUUUCCCCGUUUAGUGUUCAUGUCUUCAUCUCGUUUACUUCCUGUGUCCUGUUCCAUGUGUUUCUGUUCCCUGUGCCCGUGUCUCCGCCCCUCACCUGAUCCGCGUUAGUCUGUUAAUUAUGGUUUCCACCUGUCUUGUUUUACCUUGUUCCUUGUCCACCUGAGCCUUGUUAAAUCCCUGUGUAUAUAAACCCCUAGUUUCGUUAUGUUCCUUCUGUGUCAUUGUUGUAAGAUUCCUGUGCUGCACUCUGUAACUAAAGUCAGUAAAUCUACUCUUGGUGUGUUGUCCUGCUUUUGAGUCAAUUCAAGUAGCAGCCCGUAACAGUCCGUGACAUUUUGUUCUGUUCUAAACAAGGCAGUUUGCUAUUUAAAUGUAAAGGGGAGGGCACUGUAAUAUGAAACCAUAACAAUGAAUGAGAAUCUGAAAAUGUACAUGAAGGGAAAGGAGUUAUAAGGUCUUGGCGUCUAGAAAACAAAAACAGCCCUUGGCACCAGUUCAAGGUAGGCGUAAAGAGUCUAGCAAUUCCAAAAGCAACUGCUUAAAAAAAUGACUUCCCUUUUAAAACCAAACUAACUGGAUCACCACCAAGACAUUAUAAAUGCUUCCCUUUGGUGAAGAUCAGUUGAUUCAUCCUUGCUCUCUAAAAACAACAGGGGUGAACAGUACUGUGGUGAAACAUUUUGGUCUCAGACCACUUAUUUUCCAAUCAAACAUGUUACGAGGUAUUCUUCUGUUGGCAUGUCUUGCACUGACAUCACAGCCUAUGGAGUGUCGACCAGGGGGUGAUGUUAAUGUUGUUGUUCCCCGUGGUAUCAAUGCGACCAAUGACAAUUACGAGGUGGAGAAAAUUCUACGCAGAUUUAGAGUUGUUGAACGUAGCUGCAAGGAAAUCCAACAGAACUAUGGUAUUCAUGAAGAUGGUCUGUAUUACCUCACCACCUCCAGUGGGGUCGUGUACCAGACCUACUGUGACAUGACCACAGCAGGUGGUGGAUGGACUCUGGUAGCCAGUGUGCACGAGAACAACAUGUAUGGGAAAUGCACUGUGGGGGACCGAUGGUCCAGUGAGCAGGGAAGCGAUCCCAACCGCCCUGAUGGAGAGGGUACAUGGGCCAACAUGAACACCUUUGGGACUGCAGAGGGUGCAACAUGUGAUGACUACAAGAAUCCUGGUUAUUAUGAUAUUGUAGGGGAGGAUGUGUCUGUUUGGCAUGUGCGUAACAAUGUUCCACUACAACACUGGGCAAUUGCUGCCAUCCUACGAUACCACACAGAGACAAGAUUUCUCACACUCAAUGGAGGAAACCUCUACCAACUCUACCAGCGCUACCCAGUGAGAUAUAAUGUUGGAGCGUGUAGGACUGACACUGGACCAUCCAUUCCUGUGGUGUACGAUUAUGGAAAUGCUGAGACCACAACCGAAUUGUAUGGCCCAAAUGCUAGAAAUGAAUUCACUCCUGGCUACGUCACCUUCAGAGUGUUCAACCAUGAGAGGGCAGCCAUGGCCAUGUGUUCUGGAGUCAGACCCACUGGGUGCAACACUGAACACUUUUGCAUUGGUGGUGGGGGACACUUCCCCGAAGGUGCUCCUCGUCAGUGUGGGGACUUCACAAGCUUUGACUGGAAUGGUUAUGCAGGAGGGCACUGGAGUGCGUCCAGAGAGAUGACUGAAGCUGCUGUGCUGCUCUUCUACCGCUGAAUCUAUUAGAUGAACUGUGCAGAAGCUCUAUUUUGUGAUUCUGUAUAUUUUCAAUAUCCGUUUUCUGGUUGUCCUACAUUUUAUUGGUGAGGUUUACUUUAGGGUUAAGCUUUAUAUUGACUCCUGUCCUAUAUAAUGUCUCUACAUAGCAGAAGAUCUUUGCUUUCACCUGUCACCUGUCUAUAAACAGAACGCAUAUUAAAAUGUAUCUACUUGCAUUAAUAA